AUGUCUGCUGAGGUUGAGUCUGCUCCCCACAGCAGCAUUCUCGAGGAUGAUGAAGUUCCACAAGAUCUGAAUGGCGACAUCGCGUCUGAUAACGACGGAGAUCUGUUCGGAGACGAGGAUGAAGAGGUAGAAGAGCGGAAUGACCUCCGCAGAAAACUAGACGACUCCGAGCUCGAUUCUGGCGAUGAUGAAGGCCGAAACGAUCGUUUAGCCGCCACUGUGGAAGACGAGGAGGCCCUCUAUGAAGAGCAGAAACAACUCAAACUUCUUGACGUGGAUAUUGCACGAGUCAAACCGCCCGAAGGCGACGAACUAUACCUCCUGAACAUUCCAAACUUCCUGGGUAUCAAGCACAAAAAUUUUGACUACUCAAGCUAUGAAGUGCCCACCAGACCCCACGACGGCCGCGAUCCUGCAGCAGACUCUACUGUCAAAUUCUCCCCGUUCUCGACAGCCAACACCUCCCUCUUCUGGCGCCGCGAUCCGAAGAAUCCUGAACUUAUACAAUCCAACUCGCGCAUAGUUCGCUGGUCGGACGGCAGCUUUACUCUACAGAUCGCCUCUAAACCUCAGGACCAUUACCGUAUCUCCACUACCGCCAUGCGACAAGGUUGGCCUAAGAAGCUCUCUGGUUCGCAACACCAAGACUACGACCCGACAAAGGAAACAAACCAUUUCCUCGCCGCGCCUCACGCUGCCGCAGGGAUCGACCUUCAAAUCGUUGCGCCUUUCGACGCGUCCAUGAAGAUCCAACCAACGGGCGACCAAGCGGACGAGGCCGAACUGAAACUGCGACAGUCUAUCGCCGCCACCACUCAAAUGCACGAAUCGCCGACCACCUUUAAGUCCGUCAAAGAAGACCCAGAACUCGCCAAGAAGGCUGCCGAAAUGUUCGAAAAGGAGCGUGCUCGGGCGGACCGUCGCAGAGAGGCCGCUCAAGAUCGGCAGUUUAUGCGCAGGGACCGCGUCUUGGGGAAAUCUGGGCUCGGCCGUUCUAUCGGCGGUGCGGGUCUCUCCAUUGCCGGGUUGGAGGAUGAUGACGGGAUGCCGACAGCAAGGGGAAAGAAGGCGACAGCCAAGCGACGCAGGACGAAUCGGCGUGGGGAUAUCUACUCGGACGAUGAAGAUGAGGAAACAUUCCGCCGGAGAGGCAGGGAAGACGAAUAUGAUCGUGAAGAUGAUUUCCUGGCCGCGAGUGAUGAAGAACCCGAGAUUUACGAAGACGAAGGAGAGGAGGAAGUUGAAGCUGAAGAAGAUGAGGAUGUUGAUGACUUAGAGAUCGAAGGACGUCAGACCGUGAUUGAAAACCGCACUCGUGGGGGAGCUAGAGACCGAGACCGGGAAAGAACGCCCAAGCGUGCUCUGCGGGAUGAAGGCGAAGACACCCAGGGCGAAGAGGACGGCGAGGCUGGGGAAAGCCGAAGACCCGUAGGAAGUCCUGCGGCCCGCAAGAAGCGGAGAGUUAUUGACGACGACGAAGACGAGGAAUAA